CCCGUGUGCGCUUCUCCAGCUUCAUUCCAUCCUAUCCCUCCUCUUCUCUCGACUUUACCUUAUUCUCUUUCCCCUCACCCCAUUGUGCGCUUCCCUUGAUUGGUUUGGGAUCUGGGGUUCGGUUUGCUCGUGCUUCAAUUGAUCCUCUCCUAUACCUUGUAUCAUAUUCUCUUCCUUUUUACCCUCCGUUCCAUUUCCUUUCUAUUCUUCUCCACCGCUACCCGAGUUCGAGUCAUCCAAGUCGUCGCCAGGUCGCUACGCUUCGCUCAUACUUCCAACUCUCUUCGCUUCCAUUCCGAUCCGGUCAAUCCAUUGAUUAUUUCGCAAAAUGUCCCAGACCAACGGCGAAUUGGAGCACUCGAAAGAGUCUCCCGAACAGCAACUCAAUGGCGAUUCCCCCGUGGAGGGCCAGGAUGAGGAGGUCAGCGGUGGUCUUUUCCAGAUCUCCGUGAAGUUGCCUCGUGAGCCAUACAAGAUCCAGGUCAUGGUGUCAAGCCAAGAACAAGUUCAAGAUGUUCGCCAAUCCAUUGUCGAGCUUCCCAGCACCUUCCAGUACACCUGCUUCCACCUCGAGUUCAACGGUCAGCGCAUCAACGACUUCGUCGAAUUGUCAGAGGUACCAGAUCUCAAGGCCGACUCCGAGAUCGUCCUCGUGGAGGACCCUUACAAUGAGAAGGAGGCCCGCAUGCACGUCGUCCGAAUGAGAGAACUGGUUGGUGCCGCUGGUGACCGUGUCGAUAACCUCCAUGGCCUCAGUGCGGGUCUAUCUCUGCACGAUGCCAUUGCGGCCGACGCCGAAGAGUCUACCUCGGACAAGGACCACUCUCUGUCCAAGUAUGAGAUCGCUAGCGCUCCGUCGCUGAAGACCAUUCUUCCCCGCGACGAGACUCCUCUUCCCAAGACCGUGAAGGCCAUCUCUCUCUCUGCUUGGAACCCUCCUCCCUACCACCUGCGUCAGAAGGGUCACUUGCUCUACCUCCAGGUCACCACCAACGAGGGUGAGCAGUUCCAGAUCACCUCCCACGUCUCUGGCUUCUACGUAAACAAGUGCUCAAACAUGAAGUUUGAUCCUUCCCCGAAGACUAUCCCCAAGUGCGGCAAGGCCCACUCGCUGCUCUCUCUGAUUGCCCACCUGUCGCCUUCCUUCAGCUCCUCUUUUGAAGCUCUUCAGGAGUCCAACAACAAGAAGGAUCUUUUGACUACCUUCCCCUUCCAGAACUCCAUCCCCAACAACCCGUGGUUGGUGCCUUCGCCCGCCUCGAACGCUAACGCACACCAGGCAGAUAUCACCCGCUCUCAGGAGAACUACCUGAUCUCUGGUGUUGACAACGCUGAGACUUUGAGGGACUGGAACGAGGAGUUCCAGACCACUCGGGAGCUUCCUCGGGAUACUGUUCAGGAUCGUGUGUUCCGUGAGCGCUUGACAUCCAAGCUGUUCGCCGACUACAACGAGGCUGCUGCUCGUGGUGCGGUUCUGGUCGCUCGCGGUGAAGUUGCCCCCCUCAAUCCCACCGAGGACCGUGACGCCCAAAUUUUCGUGUACAACAACAUCUUCUAUUCCUUUGGUGCUGACGGUGUUGGUACCUUCGCCUCCGAGGGUGGUGACGAAGCCGCUCGCGUUGCUGUCGGUAAGGAUGUCUUGGGUAUCAAGGCUGUCAACCAGCUUGACAUUAAUGGCCUGUUCACUCCUGGAACUGUUGUCGUUGACUACCUCGGCAAGCGCAUCGUUGGUCAGAGCAUUGUACCCGGUAUCUUCAAGCAGCGGGAGCCCGGUGAGCACCAGAUCGACUACGGUGGUGUUGAGGGUAAGGAUGUUGUGGCUACCCACCCCGACUUUGUGUCUGUCUUUGAGAAGAUGUCCAAGGCUCUUCGGGUCAAGAAGCACGCCGUCUGGGACAAGGAGAACCAGCGUCAUGAGCUUGAGGGCAGUGUAGAGACCAAGGGUCUUCUGGGCACCGACGGCCGCAAGUAUGUGCUUGACUUGUACCGCGUGACUCCUCUGGAUGUGACUUGGCAAGAGGGAGAAGGCGGCGAUGCCUACCCGCACCGCAUGUCUGUCUUGAGAUUGGAGCUCGUUGAGUCGUACUGGAGACAUAAGAUGAGCCAAUAUGUCAAGGCCGAGGUCGAGCGCCGCCGCCAGGCCAAGGCUGAGGAGGAGGCCUCCAAGGAGAAGACUGAGGAGUCCGCUGAAUCCAAGGAGCAGAGCUCCGAGGAGAAGCCCGAGGACAAGCCCGAGGAGAAGACUGAGGAGAAGCCCGUGGAGAAGACUGAGGAGGCUCUUGAUCAGGAGCGUGUUGACAUCUCUGGAUUCUCGCUUGCCCUGAACCCUGACGUGUUCAGCGGCCAGGUUCCUCAGACUGAGGAGGAGAAGCAACAAUGGGCACAGGACGAGAAGGAGGUCCGUGAGACCUGCGACUACCUGCGCUCCAAGGUCAUGCCUGAGCUUGUUCAGGAUCUGCAUGAUGGAGAUGUCGGCUUCCCCAUGGACGGACAGUCUCUCAGCCAACUGCUGCACAAGCGUGGUAUCAACAUCCGUUACCUCGGCAAGCUAGCCCAGCUGUCGAAGGAGAAGGGUACUCGUCUUGACGCCCUGACCACUCUCCUCGUCCAGGAGAUGAUUGCUCGUGGCUUCAAGCACAUUGCCAACCAGUACCUCCGCAACGUUCCGGCUCCUUUCGUUACCUCUUGCGUUGCCCACUUGUUGAACUGCCUACUGGGUGCUGAUGUCAACCCCGACCCUCGUCCUGAGAUCGACGCUGCCCUGCGCUCGAUCUACCCCGAAGGUGAUUUCUCUUUCGAGAAGGUCACUCCGGCUGUUCUCCGGGCCGAGAUCGAGAAACAAGUCACCAUCCGGUACCGCUUCACCUUGGAGGCUGAGUGGUUCAACUCUCUGCGCCACCUACAGCUCCUUCGUGACAUCUCCAUCAAGCUUGGUCUUCAGCUUGGUGCUCGCGAAUUCGCCUUUGACAAGUCCCAGAUCCCUGCCAAGCUGCCUGUCACCAACGGUGCCAACGGCUCUGUUCAGGAAGAGAGCAACGGCAAGAAGAAGAACAAGAAGAAGGGCAGCAACUCUAGCUCUCCUGCCCGUGCUCCCGUCGAGGACAAGCCGGCUCUCACUAUCUCUGCCGAUGACAUCCUCAACAUCGUGCCCCUCGUGAAGGAUGCCGCUCCCCGCAGCUCGCUCGCUGAGGAGGCUCUUGAGGCUGGACGUAUCUCCCUUAUGCAGAACCAGAAGCAAUUGGGCCAGGAGCUCAUUCUGGAAUCUCUCUCGUUGCAUGAACAGAUCUACGGCAUUCUCCACCCUGAGGUUGCCAAGCUCUACCAUCAGCUGUCUAUGCUCUACUACCAGACGGACGAGAAGGAAGCGGCUGUCGAGUUGGCUCGCAAGGCUGUCAUUGUCACCGAGCGGACUCUGGGUGUUGACUCUGCCGACACCAUUCUGAGCUACCUCAACCUCAGUCUGUUUGAGCAUGCCUCCGGUAACACCAAGACUGCCUUGGCUUACAUUAAGCAUGCCAUGGACCUCUGGAAGAUCAUUUACGGUGCCAACCACCCCGAUUCAAUCACCACCAUGAACAACGCUGCUGUCAUGCUGCAGCACCUCAAGCAGUACUCCGACUCCCGGAAGUGGUUUGAAGCCUCUUUGGUUGUGUGCGAGUCGCUCUUUGGCAAGCAGUCUAUCAACACUGCCACGAUCCUGUUCCAGCUCGCCCAGGCUCUGGCUCUCGACCAGGACUCCAAGGGUGCUGUUGCUAAGAUGCGGGAUGCCUACAACAUCUUCCUCAGCCAGCUGGGCCCCAACGACCGCAACACCAAGGAGGCCGAAACCUGGCUCGAGCAGCUCACUCAGAAUGCUGUCUCUAUCGCCAAGCAUGCUAAGGACAUCCAGGCCCGCCGUCUGCGCCGCAUCAACAUGACCCCGCGUACCCUUGGCACCAAGGUCCAGCCUCAGGUUGGCCAGUCCGCCUCCGAAGCUGCUGGCGGCAAGAACGGCUCUUUGGAUGCUCGGAGCAUCGAUGAGCUGCUCCAGUUCAUCGAAGGCGGUGACCAGGGCUCCUCCAAGGCCAAGCAGAAGAAGCGUGCUGCUGCCAGCAACCCCAAGCUCCGUGGAUCGAAGAAGUCUUCGGCGUAAGCUCGAUCUGAUCCUUCCCUUCUUUUUUCCUAUUUAUGACGAGGUUAUUGGGUAAAACGAAAAGCUGCCCUGGUUUUUUGCUUUCCUUGGCUUAUCACUGUCUUAACAUGAAUGUUGUAUUUUGACCCUAUAUAUCCUUGUCAAGGGUCGAUCUGUUGGAUGAGCGGUACGUGUGUACUUUUUGUAAAACUCUCUCUACUCUUUUACACCGAUUGGUGAUCAUGGUUCUAUGUUGAUUCUAUCUAUACACUUCUUGAUCUUUCGUUCUUUGCCGGGCAGAGCAUAGCAAGGUCGGGCGAUUUGCAUGCUAUAUCUGGAUAUGUUUACAUGUACUAUAUAUGACCAGUGACCUUCCAAGUGUGUCCGUAAUGAAUCUGAACGUGAAUUUCUUUUUU